GAAUUGCCGUCGUCUGCGUCUCCGUCACUCGUCAGGUAGUUGGAGCUGGAUACAGAUGAAUGAAUAUCGCGUUUUGUGACCGCAAUCGAAGAAAAAACGCCACUAAGAACAGUUCGGUCUGAGAUACAUACUGGGAAGCUUAUGUGGUGAUUCCUGUCUUUUUUUUUUAUAUAUUGAGAGCUUCCCAAGAAAUUAAGUACGAUUUGAAGUGCGUCUUUCGAAAGGUAUCACAUAGUGCUGGUUAGUUAAUCUGGCGAAGGCAGCGAUAUUCAAAAGUCGUGGCAAAUUUUCGGAAGUUUUCCCUCGCCUGAAAAAGCAGCAAAAUAGCAUUGCGUGUGUGUGACUUGCUCUUAUGCCGUCCUUGAUUUUUUCGUGUUUGCUGUUUGUUUGUAGUGUAUCGUGAAUAUUACUGAACUUUUAAUGUGAUUCAAAUUCAGCUACUACGUAAAAUUUGUAUUAUGCAAAUAUACAAUUGAGGCUCUUGCAUGCUAGUGUCCGUUGUGAAACGAAAAGAAACAAAAUGGAUGAGGUACAACAGCUGCAGUGCUCUACCCAUCACCAAUACAGUGGUGACGACUCUGCUAGCAAUAACAACAAACCGGUGAGAGAUCAGAUUAUGCAGAACGGUAGUUUUCAUGAUGGCAGUGGACACUCCGUUGAAAGUGGCUACAAUUCGUACCAAUCGUUCGGUGCUUCCUCUUCGGUUGCUCGUUCGGUAUUGGCCACAAUCGAGGAAGAUAAUGAAAUAGAUUGCAGCUUUGACGAAUUACGUUCGUCGGAAACUCCGCUCAGGACAAAUAAUAGUAUUUUGACUCCUACCACUGCGGCCAGUAUUGAACAAAUAUCAAACUUCCAUCUGACAACACCAAAUAGUGCGAUCAAGAGGCCACUGGAAACACGUGUGGUGCUUGCUCGUAAACCGACGUGCCAGAACCUGUUUGUCCAACGCACUCCAGAGAAAAUGAACAAAGAAAAUGAUUAUUAUGAUCAAAUGGGAACGCCAGUUCGAUCCGGAAGAAAAUGUGCAUUAGGAAACGUAACUCCACGUAAAAAUAAUACUUCUGCUAAACGAAAACUGUCAAGCUUCCGGGAGAAGUUAUACUCGGAUGGAGACGGCACUGACCUGCGAUCUCAGGUACAGUUGAAUGAUUCCUUGAAAUUGGAUUGCAAGCAGCUGGAGCAAGAAGACAUUUCCCCAAUUUUCCAUUCGAAGCGUCGUAGGAAUUCUGUGAUUGAUGAUCUUAUGCGAUCCAGUACACCGAAAACAGCGAGUUUCGAGAAAAGUUCUUUCGAUGCAGAAGCCCGUGAAAAUGUUGAUUACAAUGCACUUCAGCUUAAAAAAGUCGAUGGAUCUAUGCGUAAACCGCUAACUCUGCGCAAGUUCCAAAGCUUUAGCCCAAGCAAGAUGCACAGUUAUCGCAUGCGUGGUACGGUUUUGCAGGAACAAUCGAUAAACACCAAUCGCAGGGCUCCUCUUCGGAGGCAGAAUGCUUUAGAGGAAAAGUCUCCUCGGCGAAUUGUAACUCCUUCUACCAUUACUAUGGAAAAAUCAUCUCUAAAACCUGUGGAUCAAAAAUCGGAGCCAGCAAAAAAUGUUGAUAUAGUUCCCGUAAAAGCAGGCAGUAUUAGUGCCUUGCUAGAUGCUCCACUGUUGCCAUUGCAGUCAGAUUCCAAUGAUCCUUUGAAGGAAACGGAUUUGGAUCAGGAGAUAACGCAGCUUCCAUCGUUUGAUGACUUCAGCUUUACACCCAGUAAAACGAGCUGGUCAGCCGCGACUCUGUCGCAUGACUCGGUACUGCGUGAUGCACCGGUACGAAGACCCGUGAGCACGAUUACGUCGAUUUUAGACAACGAAUCUGCUUUUGUCGACUCUCUAAGCAUUCCCAUAACACCCAUCUCGAUAAGUAAAGGUACCAAACUGAAACGUUUGUCAUCACGCAGCCUAUCGUCCACUAAAAAAGCAAAAUCUCCCGGUAAAUCAACAUCUCCUAAGCUACGUUCAACACCUGUUAUCCCAGGAACUUACCGCCGUUCCUACGAGGGCGUUGAAAGACUCAAUAUAUUGAAACGUUUAAACGAACAGAACAAGGACGCCUUAGAGAUUCUUCUAGACUACCUCGGCGAUAACGAUCUGGUUCAAGUGGUAGCCGUUUCACGGGGUUGGCGCUCCAUAAUCGAGUCACAUCCCCGCGUUAGUCGUCGAUUACAACGCUUUCUGGCUCGCGAGUCACACUCCAAAGAGAAUCUUGAUCGAACAACUGGCUUAGCGGAAAUAACUCCAGUGGAUUGCAGUUUACUGAUGCUGAGAAAGGUGCCUAGCUGUGAUAAGGGAAAGGAACUGAAACAUUCCGCGCAGGCAGUACCAACGCUACACCGCCAACCGUUCAGUUUGUGCAACUCUAUCGACGGCAACAGUUCAGCGAUAGAGCAGAGACGCACUAGCUCGGUACAGAAAUCGCCACCGGUUAGUCCGUCGAAGAGGAAGUUUCGGGAAAAUCAGAAGAUCGCCUCCCACCUAAAAAAAUCGGAAAGACUGAAAUCUUGCCCACGCUGUGAGAAACCGAGUCGCGUGGUGUUAUCCAAAUCCAGACUGGCACUGGCUACUGCGAACUUCAGUCCGGGCAAAGCGACAAAGGUGCUGGAAAAGUCCUACACGCAACCCGAGGCUAGUGACAGUAACGUGAGCAACGUUAGUCCAGUGUCACCGAGCAAAUCCGACCGCAUACGGCGGAAUCUAUUCUCAACCAGUUUGCUUUCGCGCGCCAGUUCCGUGGAUGCUCGCUCGACCCCGGUCGUAAGGGGUAACUCUAUACGCAGACGUAAUUCUGCGGAUAGCGGUUCAAAUUUGUCCGCAUCUUUGCUGGAGCGUAAAAUGGUCAGGAACGGAAGCCAUCAGAAACGUUCGGAUGGUUCGCAGUGUGAUUACGCUGUCUGUAGUGGUAAGAGUUGUGGGUUCGUCUUUUGUAUCAAAUGUCUGUGUGAGUACCAUCCGGACUCCGUGUGUAAGGAUUUAGCGCCGAACUCGCCAAGCAAAGAAGAUGAACCGGCGCACAAUGUUGCAUGUAGUAAGCAAAGUCGCCGUUCGCUGCUAAGACUGUGCAAGUAGAUAUUCGAUGUACCUUUGUUCGUCGUUUCAGGGAUAGGUUAUGAAUUGCUAAAUGGUAUUCUGAUUGUUUUUAGACAGUUAUUUAUUGCUAUUAGGAAUGUAAGUUUUCACGUUUCAGUUCCCAGUUGGUAAUGCGUAUUUUUUAUAUUUCUGUAUACCUUUUAUUUUAAUGUGUUUUUUCAUAUCAAUGACACGCAGUUGUAUUGAUUUUCAUUUUAUCGCAAAACUUUUUCUCUACUUAUGAAAAAACUAAAAGUAAUAUAUGUCAUUUCGUUUUUUCCGCAUGCUAGUAGUUUUAUUUAAGGACUUCCACUAUCCCAGUAUGGUUUGAACAAAAGACUUAUAGGUUUACGAAUGGCUUAGUUCAAAGCUCUAUUGAACAAAUCUUGCGAAUUCAUUGGAAAUAAAAAGUAACACUCUCUUGUCUAGAUAGCUUUAGUAAUAGUUUCGAAAACAUAUCUUUAGCAUAAAAAUAGACUGUAUUGAAAAGACAAUCGAAUCAUGCGAUUUCCUAGGAAAGAUUCACAAUCGUGCGCCGAGUUUUAAGACAAUAAAUGACAAGAGAUGCGAAUAGAAUCAUUCUCAAAACUACCUCGUAAAUUAACUACCGGCGCGAGUGACUUUAAUUCGAAUUGUGAGAGACAUGAAUGCAUUUUAGAAUUACUACAUCACUUCUUCACGAUUGAAAGCUGAUUUGAUGAAAGCACAUUUUUUGUCGGUCCUAAAUAGUUCAGGUAGAUUACGCCGUUCUGUUGAUGUAUGGCUCAAUU